GAAGUACAUUUCCGUGUUUAAAUUGAACGCUGUGUGUUAACACGUUAUAAUAUCAUGCUUUGUGUCUUAGUUUCAGCUUAUGAUUUCUCAAAUACUUGAGAAUAAAUGCGUUAUUAAUGUUUAGUACGUUGCACGAACCCCCUAGCGAAGCACAUUCAACAUUUCCUCGAACUGUCAAAAUCGCUUGUUGCUUCCUACCCUAGCCUUAAAAGUAGUUAGCGAGCUAGCGUGUAGCGAGUGAUAGCCCACUCCUGCCUUUCACUGAAAUACAUUUCGAAAGCGAAAAAAAGUUUGCCGCAGAAGAAAAUAGUGUGAAGUCUCCGUCGAAGACUAUUUUUUGCCGUCCUGUUCCGAUCCGUGGGUCUCGUUACAACCGAAAUAGCGCUCACGAGUAGCGGUGGCGGAGGCUGAAGUGCCGCUGGAUGUGACAGGUUCGUCAUCAGAUCACUGACAGAAAGUGCCUUGUGAGACGACAUCUCUACUUGAAGAUUCCUGGGCGUUUCUGAAGAGCUCCAGAUUUUUCCCUCUGCAGUCGUGACAGGACAGGCGCAAGCACCCCUGACCUUUAUCUUUGCCCUUACCUACGCUGAGUGCGGAGAAACCCCCAAGAGAGGCGGUGCAGCUGCUGCACUGCUGGCCAAGGUGCCAAAGCUUGAAGAGAGAAAGCCACAAACUUUGUGUCCUAAACUGUGCCAUUGCACCUCAAAAUAGCACCACUUUUGCUCCCCAAUAUCCAACCUUUGCACAGAUAUCAUCACUCAUACUAAGGUCGUUUUUAGGGACAGCUAGUAGAGCUUGUCUCUGAGCAUGCCCCCUCGGCCUGGUCAGAGGUUCGCACCUGAGACUUACUGAUUGAUAAACAAUUAGCCGUGUGACUGACAAACUCCACAGCAGCAGUGCAGUCCCAUGCUCGGGUCACAGAGACUUUGCCAGUCCAUUACCUCCACUUUCCUGUCCGCAAGGACAAACCUCAUCCGCUGACCUGAAGCAGAUCAUUUAUAGCUGCAUGUUCCAUCACUUUUAGUCGUUGUGCUUUUUAUUUUUUUUUAACUGGAACACUCUGAAACGCCUCCUCAGAGGAUAGCCUCCUCCUCGAACCAAGUGGCUCCACUCCACCACAGCUCCACAGCCAGCGCUGCUGACAUGGCUCUAAACAUCGCUUCGAUACGGGACACAAAAUGGCUGACCCUGGAAGUGUGCCGGCAGUUUCAGAGAGGGACUUGUUCGCGCAGUGAUGAGGAAUGCAAAUUUGCCCACCCACCCAAAAGCUGCCAGGUGGAAAAUGGGAGGGUGAUCGCCUGUUUUGACUCGUUAAAGGGCCGCUGCACGCGAGAGAACUGCAAAUACCUCCACCCGCCUGCCCACCUGAAGACCCAGCUGGAGAUCAACGGGCGAAAUAACCUGAUCCAGCAGAAGACAGCGGCCGCCAUGUUUGCUCAACAGAUGCAGUUCAUGAGUGCAGUUCAACCUGUGCAAACGUUUCCAGUCAGCCAGGGCCUGGGCUCCAGCGCAGGUUUGAGCUACACACCCUACCUGACUCCCAUGUCCCACAGCAUGGGCCUGGUGCCCACAGACAUCCUGCCCAGCUCGCCCGUCAUUGUCCCCGGCAGCCCGCCUGUCUCCGUGGCCGCCGGCUCCUCCUCCAACCAGAAACUGCUGCGUACCGACAAGCUGGAGGUGUGCCGCGAGUUCCAGCGGGGCAACUGCGCCCGCGGCGAGACCGACUGCCGCUUUGCCCACCCGAGCGACAGCCCCAUGAUCGACACCAGCGACAACACGGUCACCGUCUGCAUGGACUACAUCAAGAGCCGCUGCUCCCGCGAGAAGUGCAAGUACUUCCAUCCUCCAGCCCACCUGCAGGCCAAGAUUAAGGCGGCCCAACACCAGGCCAACCAGACGGCUGUGGCCGCGCAAGCCGCAGCCACAGCUGCAGCCAUGACUCAGUCGACUGCCAAAGCAAUGAAGCGACCCCUCGAGGCAACUGUAGACCUGGCGUUCCCCCACGGCGUCCUCCAGCCCCUACCAAAGAGACAAGCACUUGAGAAGAGCAACGGAGCAAGCUCCCUGUUCAAUCCCAGUGUUUUGCACUACCAGCAGGCGCUGGCCAACGCACAGCUCCAGCAGCCCGCUUUCUUUCCCACAGGGUCAGUCUUGUGCAUGACUCCUGCUAGCAGUCUUGAUUAUUCUGAAGUAAGCUCCAGGAAGGGAACAGAGUGUCACGAAGCUGCACUAGGAAACCCAAAACAGCCCCUGUGUAAAUACUACCUUGCCUCUCCCAUAGAGGUCCAGCAACCUGCAUGCUAAGAGUGUAACACUUCAAUUUAACCGUAAGAACUGCAGUGCCGGUGUAACACACACAUUUAAAAAAAAAAAAAAAAGAUAUAUACUGUAUGUAUUGCUAGAAAAAAAACUAUUAACAUGAAAAAGUCAAAAAUAUUCUUAUGUAUAGUACCACAUACAUAGCAGACACAUUAUAGAGGUCAUUUUAACAACUGUUCUCCCAAAGUACCGUUGAUCCCCUCUCUUUCAUAUUUAUUCUAAAAAAAAAAAAACACUGCACAAUGUUCAUCCCUUUGGUUAGUAAAAAAAAAAGAAAAAAAGAUUUGCACUAUACGAGACAUAUAGUGCUUGAGUGGGAAACAGGAGGAGUCACAGAAAACCCGUGCACAACCACACCGACGUACUCGUCAUUUGCUUUUCUCUCUACAAAGUUGAAUGUCCUUGGGGCAGACAGGCUCAUGUUUUCUUAAUGUGACUGUCCCUGCGAGGGUCCCGCUGUGACCCUCGGAUGCUGUUAAGAUGCCAUGAUGAAGCUCCCCUCCCCCCUGCCAACUCAUCAUCUCUGGAAACAUCUUGCCAAAGUGGAAUCAACCUGCCAGAAAGCAGAUUUUAACACCCCGAUAUGUUUUUAUUUUGCCAUUGCGAAAGCUGCUCACACCCUUUAUUUGUUUCUGUGCUGGGUUCAGUUUGUUCAGGCGGAUAGAUUGUGCACGGAUUUCUGCAUGCAGUCGGGACUUGGGGUGGAAGACAGAAGAUAGUCGUGGCCAUUACCGAAAAAAGCCUAAAGGCUCGGGUCUGUGCCAAGGGCUUAAAAAAAGCUUGAGGGUUCGUUCCAGACAUACCAAGCCUUGUGUGUGUGCGUGUGUGCGCGUGUGUGCAUGUGUGUUCGUAUCUGGAUGGUCUGCCGGCAGACUGGGACUUGAAGCGAGGUCUAGCAGGUGAUGGCAACACCAGGAGAGGUUUUCGGGUGGGUGGGUGAGGGACUUAAGUGCUAAGACUAAACAACAAAAAAAAAUCGGUGCAUUUGACGAACGCUCGUCAAGCAAAAGAUGACUUGAACUUCGACUGGAGGGCUAUCUGUGACCGUCGGUUGUCCUGUCCAACCCUACUAUCACCGAUAAUCCUGUUCCAUUUUAGAAAACUGUAGAAGUGCCUAAAAAAUGCUCAUCAACUUCAUCCAGAGUGUAUCACUAAGAGUCACAACACACCGGCUGUCAGAAGGACUUUUUCGGGGAAGACAUCACAUCUAAUCGUUACUGGAAAUCGGUAACCGUUCAUUAACAUCACAAGUGACUUUAUCGAGAAAAAAAAAGAAACGACAAAUCAAAAAUAGCUUUGUAGAAUGUUUGGUGACUUUCAUGGUGUACCAUCGUUUCUUACCAUGGUUUGAGUAGUUUACAUGAGGAACGUGAGUGCGAAAAAAAAUGUAUUGUAAACUGUGUAAUGUAUGUAAAGUGUCUCUUAUUUUGAGAGUUUAUAUUCAUGGUUCUAGAAAUGUAUUCAAAGUUAUUUAAAAAUUUGUGUUGUGUCUACUAUCAAGGUAUUUUUGAACCCCCAAAACCCUCCCAACAUCUUCACCUCCACCCGGAACAAUCAUCUAGCCAUUAUUUUAUUAUUUUACGCCCCUCAUUAUUUUGUGCGUAUUUUGAAUAACUCAUACUAAAUUCAAAAAUUCUGAUGUAAUUUCAUGGUGCUUGAUUAACAUCGACAAUCCACGAUCAUA